CAGCCUUGACAGAGCUGCUCGCGUCGGCGCCUGGGUACUCCUCUGACUCCCAGCGCGUCAAGCCCUACAACAAGGACCUGGUGUCCUGGCCUGAUCUCUCGACGGCUCCAGUUGAUGUCGCUGACCUCGUCGGGGAGGCCGAGCGCGAAUGUUUGUCGGGAUGGAGACGGACCAUGCUCAAGGGUGAGUCGUCUGCUUCAGACCCUAGAGCGGCUUCGGUGCCGCAGCGUCCAUACGUCGACCCGAUUUUGGGCAACAGCCCCAGGGCCUGCGCCGGCUUCGUGAGGAAGUUGCUGGAGGGCGGUAUGAUAUCCUUCCGUGUGGCGCGGGCUGGUGAUCCUUAUAGCUUGGGUUUUUUCUUUGCCGAGAAGGUUGGCAAAGGCGCGCUUCGCCUCGUCUUCGACACGAGGGUGGCGAACGAGGGUUUCGCGGCGCCGCCCAAGACCACGCUCCCCGCGGCGGCGGCGCGGGCCGCCCUGGAGUCGGGCCACCCCGCGGUGCUGGCCCAGGGCGACAUCCAGUGCGCCUUCUACCACAUGCUCGUGCCGAAGGGCAUGGAGGAGUUGUUCACGCUGCCCACCAUCUCCUAUCGCAUGCUCAAUGUCAAGCAGCUCGACGGCCUCCCCAUCCCUUCCGAUUGCUUCCUCCAGCCGGUGGUGCGCGUCCUGCCGAUGGGCUGGAGCUGGUCGCUGCUGUUCUGCCAGAGCAUCAUGAGGAGGGCCCUCGCCCACUGCGGGUUCGGCGACGGCGACCUCAUCGAGGAUGGCCGCCCGAGCCCCGCCCUCUCUGCCAAGGGCAGCGUGGCGGCAGCGGGCUACGUCGACAACUUCGCCAUCGUGGGGGCCGACCCCAUCGCCGUCACCUCCGAGAGGGAUGAGGUGACUCGCGCGCUGGAAGCUCGGGGGCUACCUGUGCACUCGCUCGAUACCGCCUCGGCCGUAUCCGUCUUCACGGGUCUCGAGAUCAACGGCAACCUUGGGGCCGUGAGGGUGAAGCCUGCUAACGUCAUGCGCCUUCGGCAGGCGCUGCUGGCGGUGUUGCGGCGAGGCGCCGCCUCGCCUCGCAUGCUCGAAGUCCUUCUGGGCCACAUCACGUGGACGAUAAUUUGUAAAAGAGAGACCCUCUGCAUCCUGUCGUCUGUCUACGCCUUUAAGUCCCAGAAGGACCCUGGAGUCAGGCCCCUGUGGGCCUCCGUCAAGUUCGAGCUUCGGUGUGUGCCUAGUACUUUACCUUUAUGGACUUCGCACAUGAACAUCCCCUGGGGCUCCCACGUCUCGGCUUCGGACGCUUCUCCGAUCGGUGUGGGCGUGUGUGCUCGCAAGGAGGUCGGGCCUCGGGUGGCCGACCUUGGGAGGCAGGCGGAGAGGUGGAGAUGUCGUUGCACUUCGGCGGUUUCGGCACGUUCGAAUGCGCUGGGUCUCGGAGGGGCCCCCGACGACUUCGACAUCAUCGAGGGUUUCUUGGGCUCGAACCCCGAGGGCUUCAGCAAGGGCUUCAACGAGAUCCCCGAGGAGCUCAUGCUGGUCUCGUCUUGGGUCACCGUGAUCUCCAGGAGGCAUUGGAACCCGUCCAAGAACAUUUUAGAGCACGAGGGAGUUGUUCGAGGGGUCCUCAGCUUCCUCGGGAACUCAGCGGUGACCGACCCUGCUCGGGCUCGGUACCGCUGCCGCGCCCUGCGAUUCCUGGAAUGGCUGGGCUGGCACGACCUGAACUUCACCACCGCCAACCAGCUGGACAGCAUCAUCGUGUGCUUCCUGACGGACUCGGCCCUGGACGGUUUCGACGCAGCGACGGGGGGGAUGACGGUCGCGGCGCUGCGCCACUUCCUGCCGCACAUCCUCGUCGGGAAGCGGCCGCUCCCGCGGUCGGCGCGAGCCCUCGAUGGGUGGCGCCGCCUGGAGCCGCCGCAGAUGUGCCUGCCUCUCCCUCGCUCGGCCGCGAUGGCAGUCGCAGGCUGGCUCAUCUGGAAGAACCUGCCCAGUUUGGCGGUCUUCGUGGCGCUGGUUUUCCACGCGUACCCCAGGCCGUCGGAGGCCUACAUGUUGCGCGUGGGCUCGCUGGUGCCGCCGAUCCCAGGGUCGGGCUUCAACGCGUGGGGCAUCAUCCGGGUGCUGGUCGACGCCCCCGAGCUCUGGCCCGUGCUGCACGCGCUGACGCUCAACGCGCCCGCGGACGUCAGCCUCUGGAACUUCAGGCCCGCCGACGCGCGCGCGAUGUUCCGCCAGGCCUUGCACGAGCUGGGGCUGCAGAAGGAGUCUCCGUCCUUGCACACCCUCCGUCAUGGGGGGGCCUCGCGCGACUUGCUCUCGGGCGCUCGGACGAUAGCAGAAGUCAAGGAGAGGUGGAGAUGGAUAUCAGACAAAUCUUUGAGGGGGUACGGCAAGAGGACUCGCGCGCAGCAGCGGAUCAGGGACCUCCCGCCUCAGAUCGCCGAGUUCGGCGAGCAGGUGCUCGCGAGGCUCCCGGAGCUGAUCGAAAUCAAGUUCGUGAAGGGCAGCUUCCCGCUGCCAGCGCCGCUCCAGCCGGCGCCCGCCCUGCCUCGGGAUGUGAAGCGG